CUCUCUCUCUCUCUCUGUGUGCGUGUUUGUGUGUGCACGUGCGCGCGUGCGUGCGUAUGUGUGUGAAUGUGACUUCAAAGUUAUAUUAAGUUACAGAGGGUUGAUAUCCUCCUAAGUAAAGUUCGACUAAUUAUUAGAGGCGUACCUACUCUUUCGAGAAGUUCGCUCGGAGCAACGUAUUAAUUUCAGGUCGCCGGCACGUUUUAUCGAAGACUUUGGCCAAGAUUUAAACGUUGCUUCGGCGACAGUUUAAUGUCCACGAACAUGGCUGGCACGAUAUUCGAGCUACGCGGCUUAGAUUUUCAGUGCCAGUGGUAAAAGCAGACGCGUGACACGACUGCUACAGACAUUGGUAAACGAACAAUAUUACUUUUUUCUUUUUUCCAAAAGCAUGUUCUCUUGACACCUACUGUCGUGAAAAGUAACGAGAAAAUUGACUUUGGUGGUGUUUCGUUUUGCUUUUUUUUUCCUUUUUUAUUUGACACUACGAUUCUUUUUCUUUUUUUUUUUUUCGAUCGAAUUUCGUCGAGAAGUUUUCUACGAAGGAUUCAACGAGAAAAGUUCGCAAGGAGAAUGCGAUAAAUAAGGAAUUUUUUCAGAACUCAGGGAAUCCGUUGGAAUUUAAAGGGACAUCAGAAGAUUUACUUCGAAAGAUAUUUCUCACUUCGCAUAUAAUUCUUCGACUUCCAACUUUACUUUUCUGCCAUAGAAUUUACCAAAUAUGCUUGUCACAUUGAAAUAGAAGUAAUCAUUCAUCAAUGAGUUUCUAUGACACACACACACAUACAUAUAUACAUACAUACAUACAUACAUACAUAUACAUAUAUAUAUAAAAUCACGAAGAAGAAAUAUAACAAAAUAGGAGCGAAUUAUCGAUCAGCCUAAUUUUCGAAACUUUACACGAUACCCAAAACAUUUUUGUCUAAACUUUUGAUCAGUAAAAAAGAAGAUAAAAAAAAAAAAGAAAGUUUAUCUAACUGUUAACAAAUUAUCCGUCAGGUAGGACAUUAACACUCGAGAUAAUAAAACGAAUUAUUCGUGAUUUUAUCAAACUUUUAAUAAGCAAUUAUCUCGCAUUUUAAUUAGGAUUCAGGAGUUUUUAGGUGUGAAUUUUUACAUAAAUUUAGGGAAAAGAAAGAGAUGGAAGACAAAGAAAAAGAAGGAAGAAAAUUUAGAGAGAAAAAGAGAGAGAGAGAGAGAGAGAAGAAAAAAUGAGAAAAAAAGACAAAAAAAGAAGAGUGUGAAACGAGAAACAAAGUGACAGUUUCAGCCCACGAAGAGAAGAUAUAAAGAAGGAGAGAGAGAGAGAGAGAGAGACAGAGAGAGAGAGAGAGAGAGAGAGAGAGAGAAAGAGAGAGAGAAGAGAUAGUGAAGAAUAGGGUCGUAGUAGUCAGAAAAAGACAGAGUAUACGAGAGCUCGUAAGAGUGAGCGAGAUAGAACGAAAAGAGACGCGCAAGCGCCGAUUCGCGGCGUGGAGAACGCUUGCCAUCCGCGUGGCGCGAGUUAGAACUUGGCUUCGUGCUUUUAGUCUUGCCCCGUCCCUUCGUCCAUCCUCGUCCUUACCCGUCUGCUUACUCUACGAUCAACCCUCUAACUACCCUCUUUUCGUUCACGCGGGAAAUUCACCCUCGUGCAUCAAGAAAGCGUGCUACUCGGCUCUGUAAACGAGUUCAUUCAUUUAUAAAAAAAAAAUUAUAUCUUCGAUUGGAAGUAUGACGAUUUUGUUACUGAGUGCCUGUUCAUCCUAUCGAAGACGAAAUUUUACUUAAAAAAAAAUUAAAAAUAAAUAAAAAAGAAACGAUUGAAAAAGUGAUUGGAAAGCUUUGUUGUCCAAUCAUUGAAAAGAAUCUGUAAUGCGAUAUUUUUUAUAAAUCAAAAAAGUAAAAAAAUGUCGGAAGAAUUAUUAUCCCAUCGAGAUUCGACGAUUACAAGAAGAAAUAAUAAGUCAAAUACAGCACAAAGAAGAUGGCGUAUCUUAGCAAAGGCUUUAACAGGCUCUUCGGAUUAUCAAUCAGAAUCAGAUGAGGAGAUUUCCGUACGACGUUUCACUAGUUUUGGCUUGCUUAAGCCGAUACUGUUAGAGAAUACUGUGACCGAUUCUGACUCUUGUUGGUACGAGUAUUCCGCCAUGUUGGAGAACGAACUCUUUGAAGUUCAGAUACGAAGGAUAAACAAGAAUUUUACUGCGAACGAACUGAUUGGAUUCAAUAAUACUGGGAAUGUAUGCGUUUGGCCAUCCGAGGAGUGUCUCGCUUAUUAUCUGCUAAAGAAUCGUGAUAUUUGUCGAAACAGAAGCGUUCUCGAGCUUGGUGGUGGGAUGAGUUGUCUCGCUGGUAUCCUCGUUGCAAAAUACUGCAAUCCCAGUGCGGUCACGCUCACCGACGGCAACGUUACCAGCGUCGAUAACGUUCGUUGCAUCGUCCUGAGGAACGACAUGGCUGAUUUUGUCGAGUGUGGGGUUCUUCAAUGGGCUAGGGCUGCACGAGCUCUUAGGCAAGCUAUCGCAAACAAUUGCAAUCGAAAGGCACGCAUCAUCGAGGAGGAGGAUGAUCUACCAAGCAAGAAAAGGUCUUACGACGUGAUCCUCUGCGCAGAUUGUCUUUUCUUCGACGAUGCCAGGCUUGACCUGGUCGAAACGAUUUAUGGUUGGCUUGCUGACGACGGUGUGGCCCUGGUGAUAGCACCUAGACGUGGAACGACGUUUCAGAAAUUCGCCGAAGCCGCGAUCAAACGUAGUUUCAUAGCCAGGCAGACCGAACGAUACGACAGCGAGGUCUGGUCGAGACAUCUGGAACUCUUGGAUCAGAGCCAGGAAUAUUCAGCCGAUUUGCAUUAUCCUGUUCUUCUGGAGCUCAGCAAGCAGAAAAAGACACCACCGGGAUGAUCGAGAUCCAUUGGGGAUGAAGAGGACGACGACGAUGACCUUGACGAGAGUAUCAGCGAAUGAAAUCUCUUUUUUACUCUUUAAACAAAAUGUCUUUUUUCUCAGUAUUUCGUUGAAGUUGUUUGUCAAGUCAAGAUCUAUUGAGAUAAACUAACAUUGUUUAUAUUUUAUGGCAACGACAAACGAAUGGUGAAUAAUGAGAAAACUGUUAAAGAGUUCAAAGUUCAACGACGAUCAUCGAAAAUUACAUUCGAAGAGUACUUUGUCGAAUCGUUUGGAUUUUCGAGUAGAAACUCGAGAGAAAGUUUUCGUAGCACGGAGAAACGCGUAAAACCGAAUGGCAUCGUUGUUCAGCGUUAAUAACGCGUUAGCCAAAUUGACGAUGCUCCAUCGGCUUCCUAGCAUCAUCUUAAGACUUAGACGACGUUGAAGAUGUUCUUGGAAUACUAUUCUCUAUCUUUCUCUCUCUCUCUCUCUCUCUUUCUCUCUCUCUCUCUCUCUCUCUCUCUCUCUCUCUCUCUCUCUCUCUUUCUCCAAGUUACCUACUAAAGGCCAUUUUCAUUAUGCUCGAAAAUGCAUCUCGUUCGUAUACGAACGUGCACGUGGAUCCUAAGUAUAAUAUUUAUACAACAAAGGUAACAUUUAAUCCUAUUUAAAUGAGAAAAUAUUAAAAAGUAAUUAGUUAAUUCUAUAAAAUAACUUUUUUCCAUUGUUUAAAAGGAGUUUGGGAGAUCAUUGAGAGAAUCGUAUUCAACGUACCUGAUUUUUCAUAGAACGAAAAAGUCAGUGCUCCGAUAUCCCAUUCUGUGACUGUAAUUGUGUGUGCGUGUGUGCUGACAAGUUUCUGUAUAACGUACGUAUAAGAUUUGAAUAAAUGUGUUGAUGAUAUUGUGUGUGAGGUGUUGAACGGCGAGAAAAAAAAGAAUACAUAAGUUUUUAUUAAAUUCUUAUUUAUUUGUUUGCGAAUUUUUUUGAAGAUUAAAAAAAAAGAAAAGAAAAAAACCAACAAAACAAAACAUCUUUAUACAAAGUUUACAUCGUUAAUGACAUUUCUCUGAUUUUUCUUUUUCUUCCUUUCUUUUUUUUUUCUUUUUUUUUUUUUUUUUUUAGUAAAAUCCCAUUAACGAUUUUUCGUUAUUGAAAUUUAUUUAUUAAAAAAAAAAAAAAAAACAAAAAAGAAAAAAAAAAGAAAAAAAAAAGAAAAAAAAAAAACGAUGUCAUCGAAUCGAGGAAAUAAUAAGUCGAGGGUUCACAUGGAUCGCGGUUAUUCAAGUUUAACAUGGUCUCCCUUUAUUUUCACGCACCAUUACGGAAUAACGUGUGUCUACUCACUGAUCAAGAGUCUUUGAAAGCGAUUCUAUCUAAAAGAGAAAGGGGGGAGGGAGAGAGGGAGAGAAAGAAAGGGGAAGAGUUCUUUAACCACCCUUAUAUGAAGUCUAUACUCUCCGUUGACAAUGUGGACGAUCAUAGGAUAAAUUUUUUUCUCUCUCUCUCUCUCUCUCUCUCUUCCUCUCUUUUUUCUCUCCCUUGCUUUUGUCUGAAGAAUUUUCGAAAAAGUCAGCGAUAUUGUGUUUACUAUAUUAUCUCAUCGUCGAUAUUUGAGAUUGCUCGUUCGUUAUCGCAUUUUCGAUAGAAAAGAUCAACGUUACGUUGAUGAAAGAAAUAAAAGGAAUGUCCGGAUGCGGUUGACGGCCAGUACUGAAAAUAAAUACGAGCGAGAAUACUUUCGGAGGAUCGAUUUAGUUCACCUCAUUCUAUGCUUUCCGCUCGAUUAUCAUCCUUUUUUGGGAAUUGGAGGAAACCGAAGGAACGUGCGAAAGGGAUAAAAAAAAAAAAGAAAAAGAAAAAACGAUCCUUCGAUCGACUUGAUCGAGCUGACAAAGCAGUCGUUGCUCCUUUACUCUCGACAUCUUUCACGGUCGAACGAACAAGAUUUAAAAGGCCAAAACCACGGUGACUUGACUACUGUCGUUAACCAGAAAACGUUGAAAUAACGUUGUUGCGAUGGUGAAUAAUGAUAGAGAAAGUUGGGGAGAGAAAAAAAAACGCCAGAUACUGAAUGGCCAGAAACGAUAAGUCGACCCCAUCGUGAUCCUACAUCGAUCAAACUCGACAAAAUAUAUUCCUCUAUUUUGCUUGACAUAUUAUCACAAAUAUCACUAUCUAUAUAUGUAUAUAAGUAUUUAUUUAAUUUAUCUAUAUAGUCGAUGAUUCGUUGUAUAUCGUUUUGAUUCUAAUUUUAUGUUUUAUAUAUUUAAUUCUAUUUAAAGAUAGAUUUAAAAUUGUUGUUUUCAUUACCAUUUUAUUGUGCAAUUUAAUGAUUCAUUAUUUUUAUUCGAACGAAUGAACAUUUUAUCUUAUAUGUAUUUUUGUCUUGAUAAAGUUGAAAAAAAUUUUAUUAAUUUAUUAUCUGUUAUAUUUUGUAAGAAAUGAAACAAAUGAUUUAGGGUUGUUUAAAAUGAUUGAGGGUCCAAAGCUCUUAUAAAGAGUCUCCUUUAAAAUUUUUCGAACUUUCAUAAAGCGAAAAAUUUAGAGAAUUUUUUAGCGGCUACUAUUUAUAGAAAUAGUUGAUAAAUAAUAUAUCGAAGAAUACAAUAUACAUAUUCGAUCAUGAUUACAAAUUUUAAUAUUCAAAUUGCUUACUUAUUAUUAUAUAAGUAUUAUAUGCGAGUUUCGUACUUGUAAUGUUCUCUCUAAUAUUGUUAUAUAUUACUACAUAUUAUUAAAUAGUCGGAAAAAUAAGAAAUUGCUCGCAAAGGGAAUAAAGGGCAGUAAUAUUUUAUCAAUAACAACAUUAAAAAAUGUAUGCAGCAUUGUAUGAAUAGUUUUCCAUUUCAAUAUUCUUAUUACAAAACAAUUAUUAUAUUAAUUGUAAUACGAACAGAGUCAGAGUCGACAUAUUCCUAUUCUAGUUAUUAAGAUACAAGCAUAGAAGCAUAAAAACGAUAAGAAUGGAUGUUGAGAGAUUUUUUUAUUAUAUUGAUUUAUUUCACGAAGUAAAAGAAAAAUGUUCGAAUGUUCGAGGAUGUGUUUGUCGUAAAAGAAAAAAAAAUUGUUUGAAAGAAAGGUAAAGAAAGUUUGUAUAGUUCGAGCAAGCCUUUUAGAGACAGAAAAGAUAAUUAAGUAAAAAGUCGUUCGUUGAAAUGGUCUAAUCUAACCCUAAUCCUAAUCGUUUCUUCUUUUCCUAUAUCUUAUGCCUUUCCAACUCCAACGUCGUUACCUCGAAGGACCAAUCUAGUUAAGUCUAGUCAAGACUACCAAACUUCCAUUAUCACGUACCUAUGUAUCCACAAACAGCGUCUAUUAUACAAUACAUGCAUAUGUAAUAUAUAUAUAUAUAUAUAUAUAUAUAUAUAUAUAUAUAUAUUUGUGGUUAUAUCAUAUAUUAAAGAUUUUCUCGAAUAAUAAAAUAUUUUCAAUUAUUGACUGCGUAAAAUAUUUUUGAAUCUACCCAACUAAAACGUAUCUCAUUCCACUAACAUAACUUUUCUAUAUUUGAAUUAGAAUUAAGCCUAGAAUUAGAAUUAAUGAUUAACCCUUUAAUGCGUGAUUUAUUGUUGUAGAAAUUUUUCAGAAAAAAAAAAAAAAGAAAAAAAAAGAAUAUAUAUGUAUAUACCAACUAUAUGAAGAAAAUAUUAAAGGGAAAAAAUAAUUAUAGAUAUCAUAAUGUUUUUUGUACAAAAUUGAAUAAAAAGCAAACUUGUAAUAAAUGGAUUAAUAUAUUUUAUUUCUGCGACUAUAUACAUUUAAGGAUUAAAUCGAGGCUAAAUGCAUUAAGAAUGAAAUCGAAGAGUCGUCGAUUCGAACGUAGACUUAAAAGCGAUUGAAAUUGAAAGAGUUGAGCCAGGAGUUAAGUGUCUUUAUCUCGUUGAAAGAAGCUAGAACGAAGAGAUAUCGGCAAGAGCACCGGCCAUCGCUUUAUCUCUUUCGGCACGUUUGCCAGGACCUGACGCAAUCUCGAGUGCCGGCGAGCUUUCUAGCACUAGGUUAGAUCGUGUCAGGUGCCGCGUCUCGAAGAGACAUUUUAAGAGACGUUCAUCUCGACCUUGCGCUCGUACUUCCGGUUCUUUACCGAGCUCAAAACGUUCCCUUUAAUAACUACGUUUUAUAGUGAUCCACGAGACUCAAAUAAAUUGUAAACUGGUUAAAUGGGAACAUCAAGAUUGUGAUAAUAGUGAAG